CCAGUACACCCAGAUUCACAAGAAGAGAUUGAGUGUAGUGGGACACAACAGGCUUCACGACAUUCAUUUUGUGGUGCAGCUCCAGCCCCACAAGAGGGGGUAUGGCUCAUAGAUGAGCAAGGAAAUCCUUUAAGGCGUAGGGGGAGAACAACAUGUGCUGAUAUACAGAAUAUGCCGCCAGGGACACGAAUUCAUAUAGAAGUAAAUGAAAAUAACAUCCCUUGUAACAUACCUGAGUCGAUUUUGCUAGGAACAUAUCUAGGUAUUGUUGCAAGAGACCCUGUUUUGGCUCCAAUAUCAUUCCCUGAUUGGAGAAAUAAGGGUAUGGAGCCAUAUAAGAAAAAGAUGUUAGCUGAAGUUGAGUCUAAAUUUGAGUUUACUGGUCAUAUACGCCAUUGGAUUCUUCAAUCCCUUGGUGUUAAAUGGCGUAAUUAUAAAACCACCUUAAAGGCUGAGCAUUGGGAUAGUAGACAAAUUGAGGAAAUUUUAGAGACAGUUCUAGCUGGAGUAGAUUAG